CAACAUUCUCUCUCCCCUCACUUACCACGAGGUCUGCGGGGAGGCUCAACUAUACACACAGCCUAGAAAUUUCAGUAGGAACUUUUUCACUCUGGUCCUGCUGAUACUUAGAAAGGAACUAGUGAGCCUUGUAGGACAGGAACAACGCUGCCGGCUGGCAGAGGGAAUUCCCUGUUGGACUGUCCCACAGGUUCUCCUACCCCCACCCCCACACUCCACUCACACCUGCUUCGACCCCAGAAGGAUCAGAUGUGGCAGUGGGGGGGGGAUGGGUCAUGUGAUGGAGAGACAGCUAUAAAUAGCUAGAGGUGGGCAUGUUGCCCCAGACGCCUUGGGGACAGUCAAAAGCAGAGGCUUAAGGAGGUACUAGGGGGAGACUAGGAGCAAGCAGGCCAAGGCCUGGCUGGGGCUUGGGGGGAGGACACAUGGAGCGGUCCCAGUCCCAGCAACAUGGAGGUGAACAAAGCUGGUGGGGCACUGCCCCCCAGUACCAGUACAUGCCCUUCGAACAUUGUACCAGCUAUGGACUGCCCUCAGAGAAUGGGGGCCUUCAGCACCGGCCCCGAAAGGACCUGGGUCCCAGGCACAAUGCCCACCCAACACAGAUAUAUGGCCAUCACAAAGAACAAUAUUCAUAUCAGGCACAGGACAGGGGAAUGCCCAAGAAGACAGACUCCAGUUCUACUGUGGACAGCUUGGAUGAGGACCACUAUUCUAAAUGUCAAGACUGUAUCCAUCGCCUGGGACGUGUGCUGAGAAGGAAGCUGGGGGAAGACUGGAUCUUUCUUGUGCUCCUGGGCUUACUGAUGGCUCUUGUCAGCUGGUGCAUGGACUAUGUUAGCGCCAAGAGCCUUCAGGCCUACAAGUGGACCUAUGCCCAGAUGCAGCCCAGCCUUCCUCUACAGUACUUGGCCUGGGUCACCUUCCCACUUAUCCUCAUCCUCUUCAGUGCCCUCUUUUGCCAACUCAUCUCUCCCCAGGCUGUGGGCUCUGGAAUCCCUGAGAUGAAGACAAUUCUUCGUGGUGUUGUCUUGAAGGAAUACCUCACACUCAAGGCCUUUGUAGCCAAGGUGGUGGCCUUGACAGCCGGUCUGGGCAGUGGCAUCCCUGUGGGGAAAGAGGGUCCCUUUGUUCACAUUGCCAGCAUCUGUGCUGCUGUCCUCAGCAAGUUCAUGUCCAUGUUCUCUGGUGUCUAUGAGCAGCCAUACUAUUACACUGACAUCCUGACAGUGGGCUGUGCCGUGGGGGUCGGUUGCUGUUUUGGAACACCACUUGGAGGAGUGCUGUUUAGCAUCGAGGUCACCUCUACCUACUUUGCCGUUCGGAAUUACUGGCGAGGAUUCUUUGCAGCCACCUUUAGUGCCUUUGUGUUCCGUGUCCUGGCAGUGUGGAACAAGGAUGCUGUCACUAUUACUGCUCUGUUCAGAACUAAUUUCCGGAUGGAUUUCCCCUUUGACCUGAAGGAACUCCCAGCUUUUGCUGUCAUUGGGAUUUGCUGCGGGUUCUUGGGAGCUGUUUUCGUUUAUCUGCAUCGCCAAGUCAUGCUCGGUGUCCGAAAGCACAAGGCUCUCAGCCAGUUUCUUGCUAAGCACCGCCUGCUCUAUCCUGGAAUCGUUACUUUUGUCAUCGCCUCACUCACCUUUCCACCAGGAAUGGGUCAAUUCAUGGCUGGAGAGCUGAUGCCCCGUGAAGCUAUCAGCACCCUCUUUGACAACAACACAUGGGUAAAGCACAUAGGUGACCCCAAAAGCUUGGGCCAGUCAGCUGUGUGGAUUCACCCCCAGGUCAACGUGGUCAUCAUCAUCCUUCUCUUCUUCGUCAUGAAGUUUUGGAUGUCCAUUGUGGCCACGACUAUGCCCAUACCCUGUGGAGGCUUCAUGCCUGUUUUUGUGCUAGGAGCUGCCUUUGGAAGGCUGGUAGGAGAGAUCAUGGCCAUGCUGUUCCCUGAGGGUAUCUUAUUUGAUGAUAUCAUCUAUAAGAUCUUACCAGGGGGCUAUGCAGUGAUUGGAGCAGCAGCUUUGACAGGGGCUGUCUCUCACACAGUCUCCACAGCUGUGAUUUGCUUCGAAUUAACCGGUCAGAUUGCUCACAUCCUGCCCAUGAUGGUGGCUGUUAUCUUGGCCAACAUGGUGGCCCAAAGUCUGCAGCCCUCCCUCUAUGACAGCAUCAUCCAGGUCAAGAAGCUUCCCUAUUUGCCAGACCUUGGUUGGAACCAGCUCAGCAAAUUUACAAUUUUUGUUGAGGACAUCAUGGUACGUGACGUGAAGUUUGUUUCAGCUUCUUGUACAUACGGGGAACUAAGAAACCUACUCCAGACCACCACAGUCAAGACUUUACCAUUGGUUGACUCCAAAGAUUCAAUGAUCCUGCUAGGCUCUGUGGAACGCUCAGAACUGCAGUCCCUCCUGCAGCGCCACCUGUGUGCAGAGCGAAGGUUGAAGGCUGCCCAGGACAUGGCUCGAAAGUUAUCAGAGCUGCCCUAUAAUGGCCAGGCUCAGCUGGCUAGGGAGUGGCAUCCUGGUGGUCGACCUGAGUCCUUUGCCUUCGUAGAUGAAGAUGAAGAUGAGGACGUCUCCCGGAAGACAGAGCUUCCACAGACUCCAACUCCUCCUCCUCCUAUCCCUCCUCCUCUGCCUCCCCAGUUUCCUAUUGCUCCAUCAUACCCUGAAGAGCCUAACGGGCCACUGCCCAGCCACAAACAGCCCCCUGAAGCUUCAGACUCUGCAGAUCAAAGGUCCUCCAUCUUCCAGCGCCUGCUGCACUGCUUACUGGGCAAAGCUCACUCCACAAAGAAGAAAAUAACCCAGGAUUCAGCAGAUUUAGUGGAUAACAUGUCACCUGAAGAGAUUGAGGCCUGGGAGCGGGAGCAGCUGAGCCAGCCUGUGUGUUUUGAUUUCUGCUGCAUUGACCAGUCUCCCUUCCAGCUGGUGGAGCAGACAACUCUGCACAAGACUCAUACACUCUUCUCACUUCUUGGCCUCCAUCUUGCCUAUGUGACCAGCAUGGGGAAGCUCAGAGGUGUCUUGGCACUAGAAGAGCUACAGAAAGCUAUCGAGGGCCACACCAAAUCUGGAGUGCAGCUUCGCCCUCCACUUGCCAGCUUCCGGAAUACAACUUCAAUUCGGAAGACCCCUGGGGGGCCACCCCUUCCUGCAGAGAGCUGGAAUGUGCCUGAGGGUGAAGAUGGAGCUCCUGAAAGAGAAGUCAUGGUUCCUACCAUGCCAGAGACUCCUGUCCCACCACCAUCUCCAGAGGUCCCUUCCUGCCUGGCCCCAGCCAGAGUGGAGGGUGAGCUGGAGGAACUGGAGAUGGUGGGGAACCUAGGGCCUGAGGAGGACCUGGCUGACAUCUUGCAUGGCCCCAGUCUGCGGUCCACUGAUGAGGAAGAUGAGGACGAGCUGAUCCUGUGAACAACACCCUCCAAGCUUUCUUCAUAAAAACCACAGGGCCCAUGUCAGAGAGUGGGCUUGUAUAUGAAAUGGGUGCCCUGAAGUUGGGGGGGCCUCCAUUUCAUCGUUGUUCCUACCCCACUAUGAAAGGUGAUGGUGAUGAUCUUAAGGAGAACUUGAUCUUGGGCAGGGAAGAAUUUGGGUUCAUCAGACCCCCCCUCCCCAUUUCCAGGGAGGGUUCAAGGCCCCAUGCUCAAAGGACUUCUGUGUUCCUGCUGUGCAGGUUCAGUCCCUGUCACUCUAAUGCCCCACAAUUCCUAGUGUCGUUCAGUCACCAUCCUGGCCCAGCAUGCCUGUCUAUAUUUCAGUUUCCAUAUGGAGUAGGUGAGUGGAGGCCCAGAUUGAAAGAAUCCGCAAGUGUCACAUUGGAAGGGAAUGUGGGACCACAAUAUUGCCAUGUGGAUUGACUACCCUAAAAUGUGCCCCCAAGCCUGCCAGCUGUACUUUCUACCUGUGUGCUCCCCCAAAUCUGUCCUAGACCCCAUCAUUGCUGCCACUGUCUGUUUCUAGGCCAAGCCCUUUAUCAGGGCUGAAAAAGCCAACCUUUGUUUCCACAGAACCAUGUGCAGUUCCCUGGAAAGGAGGUUGAUGAUGUGUGUAGAGACAGGCGUCAUGGCUCAGUACAAGUGUCAAACCCCUACAGCUGAAAGCUCUGUUUCUUGUCCCAGCUUCUUUGCCUAGCUCCUUGUUACACUUAACUAACUUAGCCCGCCAGGAGUCAGCUCUGCCUUGGGGCCACUCUUACUAGAGCUCCUCCCAAAACAGACAAGGCUCUGUCUCGUGCAGCUUUGGGGAAUGCAGACUCCAGCCCUUUAUAAACUCCGUGGGAUCCUCUGGCAUAAACUGGGGUACCCUGAGCUUGGCAAGCUUUAGUUUACUCAUCCUUAGAGGACCCCCAUCUUUUCCCUUUCAAACCAGCAAGGAGCUUGAUAGUCGUGCUGUACUGUACAGCAUUGGCCUGCUUAGCCUAGAAAUAUAUGCCGGGUGUUGUAACAUUCAGACACCUUGGCUCAUUCAUGGGUUCUUUCCGUCCCUCACUGUAUGCCUUUAGCUCUGUAGUUGAACCCUCAUAUAUUCUCCCAGUUCUGUCCCUUUCCCCCACUCCAGGUUUCUUCUGUCCCCCCCCAAAUAAGACACUCAUAGUCAGAGGAUGCCACCACAUUCUGUUUAGUGUUGUUCAACACAGUCUCUGCCCUUCUCCAACAUGGGUUCCUUCCACCACCCCAGGCUAAGACAUUGAGGCCUAGGUAGGAGGACUAGCAGGGGGCAUCCAAGCCCAUGCCCAUGUGUAUAUAAUCUAUAAUACUUAUAUAUAUUUAUAUAGAAUUCUCUCUGUCAUAUAUGUCAUAGAAUCCUUCCUGGGCCUGGGGUGAGAGUUUCACAUUAAGAAAACAUGCUAAGACUGACCAUAAAAAUGGGUAUUUCUCAGACCUGGAAAACAGAGUGUGGGAUCUAUAUGACAAGGCUAAGAACUCGUCCUUCAAGAUUCCCUUCUUAACACAAGGGAAAGAAAGAAGGUGUGUGGGCUGGGGGAGGCAAUGGGAGGGAAGGAAUGGAAGGUUUGGAUUUUCAUUUAAUAAAGUCAAUUGAAAAUGAA